AUGGAUCAGCCUUCCCCACUUGUCCGACUACCUUCGCCGGCGCUUCUGCAAGCUCUUAACCCCGUGGACACCCUUGAGGGUCACGAAGGAGAAAGAACUGAAACUCUACGACGGCUUUUGGAGAAGGGCCAUUUCUCUGUGGCACCGCUCCGAGAGCCGAAAUUGAUACUUCACAGUCAUCUUCCUCACCUCCUGGGUUCGGCCUACCUUCUUGGCGCGAACAGCAAGCUGCUAGAAGAGCUUUACGAGCAUGAGGUUACGACUCUUGUUGAAAUUAACGAUAGUUUCAUUCGCGGCGAUGUGAUCACACAGGGGAACUGGAGGGGCUUUCUUACCCAAAAGAGCCACACUGUCGCUUACGUGGAUUUUUUCGACAAGGAAAUCAAGCGAGUCAAAGGGGACUGGAAACAGGUCCUGAGGACGUAUCUUUUCACAGGAUCACAGCCUCUCGUCAACGGUCUUGCGGGUGGCUUGGGCCAUCCUUUUAUUCACUUGGCUUACUCAUGGGAGUUACAAUGCCAGACUGUGGCUUCGGAGGCUCUAUCAUUAGGAUGCACCGAGUACUUCGGACUGCACCAUCUCCUUGACCAGUAUCCUCCAGAUAACUCGACUUACAAGACCUCAAGCCUUGCUGACGUUAUUCAUCGAAUUUACGAAGACGAGCGUUUUGACAACUUAUUUUCCGAACAAGGAAUUACCAAUAUUGAAGUUGUGCUGCAAAAACGGUACGAUGCUGUUCUAGAACACUGGAACGCUUGGCAUAUGUCGGAUUCUCUUGCACAGCUCGAACACUGCUGCGACGUGUCUGUGCUCUUGGCAAUUGGUACAGGAAAUCGCCAAACCAAGUAUGACUUCUAUCUAGCUCAUACCAUGACCGUCGCCCACGGACUGCGUGUUCUGUGGGAUCUGUUCCCCGAGGAUCAACGCAUCUGUAUCUUAAGACAAUAUGCGCUCUUCAUAAUCUUGGUUUAUAUUUGCCAGAAGAAGCCAGCAUUUGAAGCGAAUAUCAUCGAUACAAUCUUGUCUGUGGAACUUGGUGAUCAGGACUGGGAGUCCGUGAGAGCGAAAGCAUUGGGUCAUCGAUGGCUUAAAGACUCGCACUUCUUUAAGGUCGUGCGAGCACCUAUGGUGUUCCAUGAAACUUACGGGGACAAGGACAAUUUUUAUCUCAAAGCAUCCGCCAAGUUUAUCGCUGAGUUCAAUGGUUGGGAAGGGUUCGGCGAUGGUGUUGAAGGGUUCCUCCCUAACCGUGAUGGUUACAAGCCCACUUGA